CCGCCUUUCCUUUCAGAAUUUCCUUUACCUGCUUUCCCUCACGGCCUUUCUGCCACUACCCACCUCCCUCCCAUCCGUUUGUGCCCCUCUUCGUCUCGCCCCACACAGGCACACAACAGGGCCCUUCAGGCCCCCGGCCGCGCUCUCUCUGCCGUCAUCACCCAUCUCAAGCCCUCGCUCUCCCCUGCUGACUUCUCCUCUCUCUCCACCUUGCACUCUGCUGUUGUCGCUGCUCUUGGCAAGCGCGCAGCAGGGGGGAGAGGGCCGGCAGGGGAAGGUGAGGAGGGGAAGGAGGGAGGGGAGGAGCGGGUGGAUAUGGAAGCGUUGCUGAAGGGACUGAAGGAACUGACUCUGGGGAAAGCCAAGGAGGGAAAAGCUGGUGGUGGUGAUGAGUGA